UCGAACUUGCAACCUUUCGGUUACUAGUCCAACGCUCUAACCACUAGGCUACCCUGCCGCCCCUUAGGAUCAUACUACCUUGUCAUCUAGUUACUGGAACUCCAGCUUGUCUUAGGAUCAUACUACCUUGUCAUCUAGUUACUGGAACUCCAGCUUGUCUUAGGAUCAUACUACCUUGUCAUCUAGUUACUGGAACUCCAGUUUUUCGCUAAAAUGAAGAUGAGCAUCAGAAUGUCAGACAGCUCUAUCGGUGUGCUCCUGGCCCUCCUGACCAUCACCGAGGGGAUGAGCCUAAGUAACUUGGGGUCAGACUUACAUUGUCGCUGCAUCCAGAUGGAGAGGCGUCGGAUUGGUAAACUCAUCGACAAGGUAGAGAUGUUUCCUCCCAGCUCGCACUGCAAAGACACCGAGAUCAUAGCCACUCUGAAGGGGAGCGGUAAGGAGAUUUGUUUAGACGUCAGUGCUCCCUGGGUCAAGAAGAUCAUUGAGCAGAUACUGGCCAAGCACAAGAGAAACUCAUACAGCCCAAAGACCUGGAAUAAACGAACCAGCAAGAAGCCUUGAAACCCAGACUUCCAUUGACUUGAUCAAUGCUAUCAAGAGCUACUUCGCACAAAGGGAGAGAUUUCAGUGCUACUGCCUUUAAAGUGAAUGGACAGCAUUUACAUAGCGCUUACCUAGUGCUGGAAGUUCUCACCUUUUCCACUACCAAUGUGUAGCAUCCUUUAAAUUGGUUAAGUUGCCAUAAUUUAUCCUACACUCUGUGACAGGACUCUCUUACACUGCAUCUCGCCUGAUGGGUGUCACGUUGCUGUAUGUGGUAAAGUAAUUACCCAUCAGAGAUAAAUGACAUUUAUUGAAUUGAAUACUGUUGAAUUGAGUCUAGAGUUGGGGUCACAGAAUCUAUCCUACUGACUGCAUGUACAGUACCUACAACAGUGGCUGUUUCAUUCAGAAUUGAAAGAAGUAAAUUAUUUUGGAUCUUGAUAUGUGUAUUAUGUUUAAGCAAAAGACAAAAAUAUUGGUAAAUGAAUGAAACACUUUUUGGUUCCAAACAUUUACCAAAAAGACACAUUCAAAAAGAGUGGUUUGUUUAAGAACGACCCCUCACCAUGUGGUUGGCAAUCAAGCGACCAGGAUUCAAUUCCCACAGGUUACAGAAGUAGCAAAUAUAUACCUCACAACAGAAGUUGCCUUUAUGUUCCCUUUUUUGAAGUAGAAAUACACAUAAAAAUACUCCAUGGCUAUGUCUCAAAAUUGGCCUAAAAACUUUAACAUAUAUUACAACAAUAUCACCCAAGAAUAUCUGUGUUUGACUUAUUUGACUGUUUCAUAUAAUACUGGGGUUACAAUUUGGAAAACUAUCACUUGAACAAUAUUUAUUUGGCAUAACAAAAUCCUUUCUGCUCUAUAUUUUUUAAACUUAAACGUAUGUUUCCUACAUACUCAUAUUUAAUUCAAUGUUUCAAUACUUUAAUAUAGCUCAACGCCGCCGGUCAAAAUGUGGCGUUAAGUCAUCGUUUCCUGAUCUUUCUCUUUCAGAAUACAGAAAAUGUAGAAAUACUUGCACUGUACUUGAGUGAAGAAAAUAUAAAACAUUAAGGCUUCUUUUUUUUGUUUAUUAGUCUCUCUUCACUAUUCUCAAACAUUCAAUCCAAAUUGAAUGAAUGUAUUCAAUGCUCUCCCUCCACACUUCAAUGUCAAUUUUCCCAUCUUACAAUCAAUAUCCUAAUUGUUUUUAUAUGGAUAUAGAUAUUGAUAGAACAAUUGAACCUUGUGUGUAGCUUACUGUUUUAUAAAAGUAUGUCUGGGUUAGCUA